AUGGUAGUUGCCCCUUUCCCCUUCCAGAAGAAUGACCAGCCCUCAACCGGUCAGGAGAAUGGUACCAACCUGCCAGAACUCAGUCAUGCUGCAUGCAAGCCCCGUGCCAUAGGAUCUACCCCCAGCCUGUUAUUCAGUUCAGCAGGGAUAAUCACAUAUUUCUGUGGCUUCCACACACUUCAGCUUGAAAUCGCCAUCCUAACCUUAGUUAGUGCAAGUCAUAGACUGAGUCAUAGACAAAUUCUACAAUUAUCUUGGAGUCAAAUAUCACACACCUUCUUUUUAAGAUAUCUCCAGGAAUAUCAAGCUUUAGGAACAGCAGGAGGAAUCUAUCAUUUCCGUGAUCAGAUAAGCUCAGGGAAUCCUGAUGCUUUCUUUGUGCUAAAUGGAGAUGUAUGUGGAGACUUUCCCCUGCAGGAAAUGCUUGACUUCCACACCAAUCUUACCACACCUUCUCUCAUUACUAUUAUGGGUACAGAAGCCACAAGACAACAGUCUACUAUGUAUGGUUGCAUUGUUGAAGCAAAAGACACACAUCAGGUCCUCCAUUAUGUUGAGAAGCCAUCCACUUUUGUAUCAAACCUGAUUAACUGUGGUGUAUACAUCUGCUCCCCUGAUAUAUUUAAAAGAGUGGGUGAAAUUUUUAACUCAAGACAAGAUUUUUACAGUGAUGACAGUGAGGGCAAUGAAUCUAUUCAGCUAGAACAAGACAUUCUGAUGCCCAUUGCAGGCACUGGUCAAGCCUAUGUUUACACCACAGACAGGUGGUGGUCUCAAAUCAAGACUGCAGGCUCUGCCAUUUAUGCCAAUCGCCAUUACCUCCAACUCUACCACAAGCAGAAGGAAGAUCGCUUAGCCACAAAUGGGCCAGAUAAACCAACAAUCAUUGGUGAUGUUUACAUUCAUCCAACAGCAAGUGUUGAUCCAUCUGCAGUGUUGGGUCCAAACGUGAGUGUAGGAAAGAAUGCAGUAAUUGGUGCAGGUGUCCGUAUCCGAGAGUCUAUUAUUCUUGGCAACACAACAAUACAAGAACAUAGCUGUGUGCUGUAUACGGUGGUUGGAUGGAAUUCGACAGUUGGAGCUUGGUCACGCCUAGAAGGAACACCUUGUGACCCAAAUCCAAACAAACCCUUUGCCAAAAUGGAUAAUGUACCUCUUUUUAAUAAUGAGGGCAAAUUAAAUCCUUCAAUAACAAUCCUUGGGUGUAAUGUGUCAGUGCCAUCUGAGGUGAUUGUUCUCAACUCCAUUGUCCUGCCGUACAAGGAUCUUCCACGCAGCUACAAGAAUGAAAUCAUUCUCUAAUUUCAUGUUGUUUUCUUGGUUGUUCAUUUCACUACAUGAGUUGAAUCAGUUGUAAUCAUGUAUUGUAAUAUUUGAAUGAUUGGUUGAUUUUCUUCUUUCACUUAUGCUUAUGUUACUUGGGAAUGGGGAAAAAGUUUGUAUCCUAAUUAUUAAAUGUAUUUAUUACAAGUGCAAUUAUUUAGAUUUUUUAAUAAAAGUUUGGAAAGUA